GUUGUGUGUUUGCUUCUGAGUUGCAAGUAAUUUCAACAUUAUAUUUCCGUCAAUUAGUGAGUCAAUAAUGAUGUUGUGUUGGGUAGUGCUCAUUUUAAUGGCAAGCGUCACUCUUGCAGCUCCACACAAGAAAUUGGUUGAAAGGCAAGUCGGUCGAUCGGCGCAACCGCAAUACGAACUUGUCGGUUGUUAUAGAGACACAUCAGACAGAGCCAUACCAACACUAGAAGGCACUGAUAUACGACUUGAUGGGAAUUAUGGGACUCGUGCAAAUCCAAUACAAAAAUGUGCUGAGGUAGCAAAAGAUUUGGGUUAUUCAAUGUUCGCAGUGCAGAACGGAGGAUGGUGUGCUUCAAGUGCAGAUGCAGCAAAUACUUAUAAUAAAUAUGGAACAUCUUCGGCAUGCACAAAAUGGUGAAGGUGGAGGAUGGGCAAAUGAUGUAUAUAGACUGAUAUAUAAUGUAAAA